ACAGCGUACAGAAUUUACGUACGUAAAAUUGCGUACAAAAAUAUAGAAACUAAUAUUGUUUACUGUAGAGUAAGGAAAAGAAAGAAAUAUUCAAGUAUUUACUUACAACUUUUAAAUAUAUCAAGAACUCCACAGAUAAGAACACUAUGGGUAUCCUUUCAAACCGAAUUGAAAUAAAAUUAUUCAAAGAAUUAAACGGAUAUCUUGAUGAUGAAAUGGAAAAUUCACUUGUCAACUGACGCUGAAAAUUUUACGUUUACAUUUUAGUUGAGGAGCUCGGUGGCGCAGCGACCCUCAGCAUGGUAGAGGGCCCAACACAAACGAAGAACGAUGAACAAUUUCCCUUAUUAAUGGUGGCCGGAGCGGGAGAUGGCACGGUGCGGGCACCGCCUUCGACGGUUCCCUCGCUAUGGAACUCGACAUGUACUGUGCCGCCUCGAAGACCGUGGUCUGAUCGCUGGCCAGAAUACCUAUCAACAUGCUGGAUGACGUUCAUUCUCCUGGGAAUAUCGUUCUUAGUAUUCUAUGCUAUCGGGAUGGUGAUGGUAUAUAAACAUGACGCUUACAUCUUUGUCAAAUGCAACGACACCAAGCCUGCGACGGACGUGUUUUGCCACAGCUUGGUCCCGCGUGGGACAAUCGUCCCCUUGGCUGCCUAUUCUGCCUACCUUGCCAACGUCGCUGUUCGAUAUCCCAACUUGCGAUUCAACAUUUAUUUCCUCAUUGAUGACUCAGGACAGUAUCAAGCCGCAAAACGCAACAUCUACAAUAAAUUGUACCCGUAUGACAAUUUCUAUGACGAGUCUGUCGCUAUAUUUAAUAGACGAGAAAUCAGAGAGUUUCAAAGAAAACACCCGAAUGUCAACAUUACCAUCAUGUUGUUAAGCAAGUAUAUGGCGACGACACCCUUGAAGUACAAAUGGAGGAGUAUUCCAGUAUCGUAUUUGCCAUUUUAUGUGAGAGUAUUCUCUGUGUGGCUGAGUGGAGGCGUUGGACUUGAUUUAGCUACAUACAACGAACUGUACUUAACAGGUCAUGACCGGUCUAAUCGCAGAACAAACGCAAUUUUAAAACAGCACAAUGAUGGGAUUACUGCCGAAAAGUAUAUUGAGACUCUUAACAAAAUAGAAAGUGAUGUGCAAACUGAAUUUGUUUCGACAUUUUUUACCAUGGUACAGAAGAUGUUUAAUGAAACUCUAUCGAUUUUCAAUAAAACUUUUGCUCUUCCGUUCGCUGCUGAGAAUACUGUAUCUGUUCCUUCCGAAAAAAAUGCAAUUGCUAAUGAACCUCUAAUUCGAACUCAUCGUAAUAAACGUGACGUGGGUCUGUCAGAUAAUACUACCUCAGCAGCUAAUAAUAACACUGUUGAACCUGCAGUUGUAAAUAUUGUUCUCGCUAAUACUACAGUAGUGAAUGUCACAGGAGAUUCUAAUAAGAAAAAUGUUUAUCAAAUGUCAUCCAACGAAGUGAAUGUGGCUACCGCUAAUGAGACAACCGCUACUAAUGCGAUUCCAAAUGUUACAGAAUCAGGAUGGCAUGUACACAUGUUUUCUAAUGAAAGCUAUGGAGAUGAUUUGAUUAAAUUACUGAAGAAACCUGACAAAGAUGCAGGUGCUGACAAGAAUAAAACUGAAUGGCCUCAAAUAGUUUUCUUUUAUGAUUUCUCGGUAGUUUCGGAAACAGUUCCACCUGAAAUAGAAGGUCAACGUCUUACUUCUUAUGAACAUGGUGUGAGUCCUAGAAGUGUGGCUAAUCCUUCUAAAUUUGUCACGAUUGAAGCUGAAGGUUCGUUUGUUGCUGCUACCACACGAUUGCAUCCCUUCUUAGCUAGUGUUAUGUCUGGUGGAUGUAAACGUAUGGCUCCAGACCUCGCAAUUCAAAAUGCACUUUUAACACAGUGUUCUGGUGCGCUCAGAGAUGAAUCAUAUUGCAGCGGCAUUUAUAUAAUUUAAUUUUAAAAUCAUACUUCCAUUAUUGCACUUUGUUCGUUAGCAUUAUUUUUGGUGUGUUAAAUAAAUUUAAUUUUAGUGUUUUCAUAUUUUAUUAGUAUUGGAUUAAACCUUUUUUAAAAUACAUAAUUUUUGUUUUAAUAUUUUCGUAUAAUAAUACUCAUGACAGUGCAUGAAACAAAAGUCGUCAGGUGCAGAAAGCGCAUGAGGGAUCUGAGGCGUGGUAGCAUUACUGAGUACCUAUUUCCUUUGAGACCGUGGACAUAGUCCCACCUAUAGAAUGUCUUCGCGCGUCCAUAG